AUGAAUACAUCCACGUCAACAUUUCAAACGCGCAGGAAGCGGUUGAAGAAGGUGGAAGAAGAGGAGAAUGCUGCAACGCUUCAAUUAGGCCGUGAAUUUCAAUUGAUACAAAUCAAUCAUGAUGGUGGAGAGGAAGAACUAUUAGCAUUAAAUUUGAGUGAGGCACGUUUAAUUAUCAAGGAAGCAUUGUUUGAACGUAGAAGGUCGUUUAGAAGGGCACAACGUCAACAUAGAGGUGGGCCUAAAUCUGAAAACGAAGAUGGAAAAUCCUCAGAGGAUGAAAACGACGAAGAAAUUGCCCACACGGAAACUCGAGAAAAGGAAUUGGAGUCAUUGGAUAAUCUAUUAGAGCAAACCACUGGUAGUAAUAAUAAGGAUUUGAAAAAUACUAUGGAAUAUUUGACGAACUUCUCGAGAUUUAGAGACCAGGAAACCGUUAGUGCAGUAAUCCAACUUUUGAAAAGUACUGGGUUACAUCCUUUUGAAGUUGCUCAAUUGGGUUCGUUGGCGUGUGAUACCGCAGAUGAGGCAAAGACUCUAAUUCCCAGCUUAAACAAUAAAAUUUCAGACGAUGAUUUGGAGAGAAUACUCAAAGAAUUAUCGAACUUGGAAACAGUAUAUUGA